AUGGGGCUUCCCACAACGACGACUCUCAAGGAUCUGUUCGCCACUACUCCCAUCGGCUCCUCCACGAAUGUCAGGUUCGGCGAAUCGACUGCUGAUAUCAGGCUGUGGGCUGAAUACGCCGGGCGGAACGGAUGGGCGGAAGAAACCGCUUGGAUGGGUUCGGGCAUCAAUUACGCAGACGGCAGGUCAGUCUAUCAGGCCAGGGUGCGAUUCGGUGCUCUCUUCAACAACUUUGGCAGCGUUAGCGAUGCCGACGGCGCCAUCGGGUUUGGGGCAACGGAGGCUGAGGGUCAAGGUAUGGUGGGCGCUGGAGCGACGACUUGGCCAAGGAAUUCGUAUCCAGUGCAGGGCACGAUCUGGGUCAAGACCCCUGUGCCCAGCCCGACGUCCAGUCCGACAUUGGCCCCGACGAGCAGCCCGACCUCCAGUCCGACCGCGUCCCCGACGACCAGCCCGACGUCUGCACCAGCGGCACCGCCCAUCAACAGCGGCCCAAUGGUCAAGGGCAACGGCGACCCGCAUCUCGCCAACACGCUCGGCCAGAAGUUUGACCUGCUUCAGGCUGGGUACCACACUUUGGUCCAAAUCCCCAGGUGGGAGCGGCAUCGGACUAAUUUCCUCGUGGAGGCGAGGGCGAGUCGCGCUGGGCGUGGGUGCGCUGAUCUGUUUUUUACGGAGAUCAACAUCAGCGGCACGUGGGCUCGUCGUCACAGGGCAACGGACUUGCGUUGGGACGCCGAGGCUACGAGGCUGGCCAAGCCAACAUGGAUGACCUUCCACAAUGUGGUCAAUGUCAACAUUGUGCAUGGCCGCACAGCCCAGAACACGAAAUACCUCAACAUCUUUAUGAAGGGGCUGCACAAGACAAAGGUCCCAGUGGGUGGCCUCCUCGGAGAGGACGACCACACGGCGGCCACCACCCUAGACAAGGGUUGCAAACACAUCGUCACGCUGUGA